GUCCUCCACGCGCACCAGCCAGGCGCCUGUUUCGCCAGCCUGGAGCGCGCCUAUCUCUGCUCUUCUGAAAUCACAGGGGACACGGGGCGGUGACUCGGUAGGCUUCCAGAGUUCCCGUCUCCCAGCUCUUGCCCUGGCCCCCGGCCCGCGCCCCGGCCGACCGCAUGGUGCUGCUGGCGGGGCCCGGGCCGGAGGGCGGCGGGGCGCGCUGCGUGUCUCCGCAGCCUCCGUCCCCACCUCGGGAAACGAGGGCCAGGGAAGACCCCACCGACUUUGAGGAGUACGAGGACUUCUCGCAUCUGCCCGACACCCGCAGCAUCGCCUCGGACGACUCCUUCUACCCUACCCUAAGCCAGGAGGAGUACAGCGACAGGAGCGCGGAGAGUAUCCCAGAGGGAGUCCCAGAGGGCGUCCCGGAGGCGGCGACCCUCCUGAGCGCCGCCUGCACCAACGACGUGGGGCUGCUGAAGGCACUGGUGCGGCGGGGACCGCGCGCUGAGGAGGUGCAGGAGACCGACCCUAAUGGCCGGACGGGCCUUAUUAUCGCCUGCUACCACGGCUUUGUGGAUACUGUGGUGGUCUUAGCAGAGUGUCCCCACAUUGACGUCAACUGGCAGGACAACGAGGGGAAUACGGCCCUGAUCACAGCUGCCCAAGCAGGGCACGCCAUCAUCACCAACUACUUGCUGAACUACUUCCCUGGUCUUGACCUUGAAAGGAGGAACGUGUUUGGGUUCACGGCCCUGAUGAAAGCUGCCAUGCAGGGCCGAACGGAGUGCAUCCGAGCCCUGAUGCUAGCAGGGGCAGACGUCCACGCCAGGGACCCCCGCCGCGGGAUGUCGCCGCAGGAGUGGGCCACGUACACGGGGCGGAUGGAAGCGGUGCGCCUCAUCCAGAGGCUGCUGGAGCGACCCUUCCCGGAGCAGUUUGGGGACAGGUACAAACCAGAGCUGCCGCUGCCCCUCGAGGGGCCUUCGAAGUCUGCAGACUCCAAAAACUGCUUGCAGAGGUUCACCAAGUUUGUGCGGUCCACGCUGACCCACCGCUCACGCCAGGGCCUGGAGGAUGGAGGGGUCCUGGACCACAUGGUCAAGAUGACCACGAGUCUCUACAGUCCUGCUGUGGCCAUCGCCUGCCAGACCGUGUGCCCCGAGAACCCCCCCUGUGUGGGAAAAAGGCGGCUGGCAGUGCAGGAAAUCCUGGAGGCUCCCGGGGCCCUGGACACAUCUGCCCAGGAGAGGGACAAGGCGGAGGGCACUGAGGAGCGAAUCCGGACCUCCCACGCUGGGGGCGUCUCCAGAGAGGGGGCCCAAAGAGCCAGCUUCCCCUCUCUGCAGCAGCCAGGUGCCCCACGGAAGGCCAGUCUCCUGCCCCUACAGCUGCUCAGGAGAGGCAGCAUGCGGCAGGGUGUGGUCAUCCCCAGGGUGCGCAUCACCAAGGCACCAGCGCCCACCUUCCAGCCCGAGCGGCCACCUGUGAAGGGCAGCACCAAGGACAGCUCCCACCUGCAGCUCCCCAAGUGGAGGUACAAGGAGGCCAAAGAGGAAAGGAAGAAGGCGGAAGAGGCGGAGAAGCAGCGGGUGGCAGCAGCGGAGAAGGAAAGAAGGGUGGUGCCUUGGAGGAAAAGGACGUGAGGGGAGCUGGGUCUGGAUGCUGCGCUACCCAGAGCCCCCAGAGGAGGCCGUGGGGAGGCUGCGUGGCUCAGCGCCAGCAAAGGUGCACCUCCCUCCCACCCUCGCUGCUCAGGGCCUUCCGGGGCAGUAUCCUCUGUGGGGCCAGAAAGCUGUCCAUGUUUGUUCAGCCUGCAUCCAAGAGUGAGGUGGGCGUAGCACAGACUGCUUUGCCUGAAACCAGUUCCCCUAGCAAUCGAUACACCUAGUGGUGUAGGCAAUUUACCUAAGUCUACGUUUAGAACCUCAAGAAAAAAUUUUAAAAGCAAUUUAUCAAAGGGCAUUUUCUGUAUAAUUUUGUAUUUUAAAUCAUGAUACAAUUUGCAACAUUUUACUGGUGGUGGGACUGUUUGUAUUUAAGACAGUUUUAAUGCAUUUUUUUCUGAAGAGCGUUUGUUUGAAAUACUGUCUCUAGCAAUAAUCAUUUGUGACAGCACUAUGAUUUCAUUUGGAACUUGUGAAAUUCUCCCCCAUUUUGCUCUUUGUUUUUGAUCUUGCCUUUCCUUUUCAUUCUGGGUAGGCACAGCCCUGUGUGUUCUUGCUGAUUUCACUAAGUGAUGCCAAAUAUUUGUUUCUAUUUGGUGGCGGCAUUUUCACAGCAAAAUGAUCAAGUGAGACAGGAAUCAGAUUGCCUUGUAUCUUAUUUUUCAAGCUCUCUUAUUUAUACACUAAUAAUAAUGAAGAAAUACCUAUUGCCAAAGCAUGAAAUGGUGCAUAGAGCAACGUAUUUAUUGCUAGAACUAAACUCAUUUGGAGCAAGGGAUUUCAGAUAAGCUGGAUACUACGUCUUUACCGUAUUCAAAAACAGAUAGAAGAGGGAAAACGUCCUAACCAAACAGGGGCAACUCUAAUAAAUUAUUAUUAGAAAUACAAAAUCAAGUCAUGUGCUCUUUGAUAAAUUGAAUUCAGAUGUUGUUAAAAUAGGAGACCGUGCAAAAGGAAGAAGGGGCCCGGAGU